CUUCCCCUUUCUCCGCCCUUGGGAACGACAUCAGCUGAGCAGCGCUGCCGCCAUGGCAUACCGUCAGAUCGCUGUCACAACAACGACCGCGUUGACCUUGCUUUGUGCAGUCACGCUACAUGGCUGUGGUGACUGCAGUUUCGGCGAGUCGCGACAGUGCUACCUGGAUGGGCAGACAGAGGCGAAGGAGGAGUGCAAACGACUGGCGAAUGAUGUGGCCCAAGAGGGGCAGAAGGCCUACGAGAAGGGCUAUGAGGACGGCUACAAGAGUGGCUUCAAACAUCGUGGGCACAGCUACACGUGGCUCGUGUGGCUACGUGAUUUGAUUAUGGAAUUCAUGUUUAUCAUUGCGGCGGUCCUGACGAUUGGCCUUCUGAUCGGACACUUCAAAGUGGCCGAUAGCGAGACCGCUGGGGGGUCACGCGGGAUCACCGAGAGCGGAUCUCCGAGAGAUGGUUGGUUGUGUGUGUGGAGUUGGAGGGGUUGAUGUGGAAAACAUUCCAGCGAUUGAGGAAAUUAUCGGAAGAUCCGGAGUGUGUUGCUGAUGUUGCUGUGGAAGGCAGUUUCCGCGAACUGGAUGUUUUGGUUUUAAUUUGGAAGCCAGUUACGAGAACCUCAGGCUUUCGGUCGGUGUGAGACGUGGUUGCUGUGGAUGUGAGGUGAUUGCUGUGGGUUUCACACCCUAAGUGUGACAGAAAUGACUACGCUUUCGCAUGUGUCUCGAAACAGGAUAAACGACUUACAAAACUAUAUGGACAUCCAGUAUUUCCUGAUCAAGAUUUUUUGACCACAUUGUUGAGACAGCCGAUGAGCAUCUCGUUUGCUGGUUGAGUGCAUCCCUUUCAGUUCAAGGACAAAGUUAACUAUAUUGUAUAUAUAGUAUGAUUCUACAAAAACAUACAUUAAGUAUAAUGAUGAACACAAUAGCAAUAUAGUAUUAUAUAAUGUUGACUUGAUUUACUCAAAAAAGAACGUAAAUCCAUUCUGGUAGGACGGAGGGAUUUUAUCAAUAAACAGUCGCCAUUAACCCAUUCUGAUGCAAUCAUUGGAAUCACAUGGAACUGGGUAAUCUCCCUGGUAUUUGGGAUGGUCGAAGUACAAAUAUGUCGGUGUCCUGAACACCUACCCAACGACAUUCAACCCAAUGCCAUGGCCGUAAUGUUCACCAUGGGCCCAGUUUCGUGUCAACCCAAGAUCAAGGAGACCAGAUCCCCUUGUAGCGAACGCAUCGUAACCGUUACGUGGAUGGCAUGUUUCCAAAAAGGAAGACCACUUUCCUUUUCAAAAAGGGGUUUCCAUCCACGGACGGACCC